AUGGAUUUCAAAAGAGGGGAUGUGGUGGAGAUCAUGGGCACCGAAGAAGGAUUUGAGGGCUCUUAUUUCGAGGCAAUUCUGAUUUCCAAGGUUUCCAACGAUCACUACAUUGUUCAGUACAAUACUCUGAUGAAUGAUGAUAAGUCUGGGCCCGCAAGGGCAUUUGUCUCCGGAAAAGACAUACAACCGGUGCCGGAGGAGAUCAUGCCGGAAAAAGGGUUCUUUUUGAAUGACAGGGUUGAUGUUUAUUACCGUGAGGGGUGGUGGGUUGGAAAAAUAACCGAGAAACUCGAGAACGAGUACCGGGUUUGGUUUGAGCAUACAGGGGAUGAGGGUGUGUACUCAACCACUCAGACUCAGAUGCGACUUCAUCGGGAUUGGAUUAACGGUAAAUGGGUUUGA